AUGACCUCGCUACUCAUUGCACUGGUGACAGCACCAGCACUACUCGCCACGAAUGGUUCAAUUAGACAAGGCCAAACCAAAGAUCGCAAGGAGGAACAUCGUGUACAGAGAUACAGUUUGAUUACAAGUUGUGUUGAAGCAUCACCGCUUGGCCUUGAAGAUGGUCAUAGGCAGAUUGUUCUCAGAGAUUCCAAGAAACUUACGAAGUCAAGUAUGGAGUCCGGUUGGAUGCUCAACCUAAUAUCACAGGUCCAUGCGAUUGCACUAGCCAAGAUAGAAGGUUGACUCUCGAAAAAUGGUAA